GAAGCCCCCUCCUGUAGGGACAGCUCAGAAUGGUGGAGUCCAGUCCCUCCCCGAGUGAGGGUUUCCACUAGCACAAUAGAUCAUUUUCAUCCCCCAAACCGAACACCCUCCUGCUCAACUGGCAUUAUUCCUAAAGUGGCUUCACUGUUCAGACUCAACAGCCACGGGAGCCAAAGUGAUGAGCGGAGAAGAACAGAGCAGUCAGGAGAGAUCUUGUUCCCUGUAGGAAACUGGACAUCUCUGUGGUCCUGAGCAUCCCAGGAGGCCGAUUGUACAGAGACCUCUGGUCGCUGACCCCAGUCUCCCUCCAUAUCCCUGGAAUAGCCCAUCAUGGGCCCUUCACCCUUGGCAGGUGGACACUAUUCAACCUGCUGGGGCAGGAUGGUAAUCGUAGAGGAUGCAGAUAGUUUGUGGGCACAGGAGCGAGAGAAUAUCAUCAUGAACUAUGAGAAGGGACACCGAGCCGGGCUGCCCGAGGACAUGGGGCCUGAGCCUGUUGGAAUCUACAACAACAUUGAUCGCUUUGGAAUUCUGCAUGAGACAGAGCUGCCUCCUGCCACUGCUCGGGAGGCGAAGCAAAUGCGGCGGGAGAUAACACGAAAGAGCAAGUGGAUGGAAAUGCUGGGACAAUGGGAGACAUAUAAGAACAGUGAAAAGCUGAGAGAUCGAGUAUAUAAGGGCAUUCCCAUGAACAUCCGGGGCCAAGUGUGGUCAGUCUUGCUGAACAUACAGGAAGUCAAGUCGAAAAACCCCAGAACAUACAAGGUCAUGAAGGAGAAGGGCAAGAGGUCAUCUGAACACAUCCACCAGAUCGAUGUGGACAUGAGCAGGACAUUAAGGAAUCACAUCUUCUUCAGGGAUCGAUACGGAACCAAGCAGCGGGAACUAUUCUACAUCCUCCUGGCAUAUUCGGAGUAUAACCCGGAGGUGGGCUACUGCAGGGACCUGAGCCACAUCGCGGCCUUGUUCCUCCUUUAUCUGCCUGAGGAGGAUGCAUUCUGGGCACUGGUGCAGCUGCUGGCCAGGGAGAGGCACUCCCUGCAGGGUAGGAUUCCACAGCCAAAUGGCGGGACAGUCCAGGGACUCCAAGACCAUCAGGAGCAUGUGGUCCCUACGUCACAACCCAAGACCAUGUGGCAUCUGGACAAGGAAGGUCUUUGCGUGCAGGAUUCCUCCUUAGGCUGGCUUCUCCAGAUAUUGAAUGACGGGAUCUCUCUUGGGCUCAUCCUGCGCCUGUGGGAUGUGUAUUUGCUGGAAGGAGAACAAGUGUUGAUGCCGAUGACAAGAAUUGCCUUUAAAGUUCAGCGGGAGUAAGUCUACAUGUGCCCA